CACGCCCAAAACUGAAAUAAUGGUUGAGGAGUUGCAGGUUGGUAAAGAUCAGCUACUACAAGAGCGAGGAAGAUUAAAUAAAGAGGAUCAGGACCGUUUAAAUGAGGCACAAGCUUCACUGAAAGAGGCUCAGCUUAAUUACUUAGAACAAGCCUGUUUGCUGCGCCUACUGAGAGUUCAAUGCAGAGACAACGAAUCCUUACGUGAACGUUUAGGAAGAGCAGAAGCUGCACAAUACAAGGACUCACUGGCCAUUGAGGAUCAUCACUGGAACAAGUAUGCCCACUCCAAUGAUAAGGAAUGGAAGCGGGAGAGAACUGCAGUUUUUAAAAGAGUAAAUGAGAUGGCUAGUGAAGAGUGCUCGCAGAUAGCAUCAUGGCUGAACGAGGAAGAAGUAUCUUCCAAGGACCUAUCUGAGGCACAGCUGAAAAGUAUUCCAUCAUUAGUGAGAGAGAAACGUGAAGGCGUCAAACAAAAAGAGCAAUGUCUCCUGGAGCUCAAGCAAAAGAUUCACUCAACAAAAAUGGAGCAUUACAAAGUAUUAAGCGAAUGCUGUCAAGCACUUGAUAAUCUUAUAUCAAAAUAUCAAGUAAAGUAUCUUGCAUCAAAAACUGAGUCUAACGUUGAUUACUUGGUAACUAAAACCCAAGCACUUGAUCUUAAACUAAAAGUUAUUAAAUUGCAAUUAUUGGUUGCCACUUAUACGCCAGAGAAGAAUGCAGCAUUAAAAGAAAUAAGAUCGUAUUUGGAUUCUGCACAUCAACAGCUGGAGCUACAGUUAAUAGACACUCAACAAUCACUGGAACAUUAUCAGAGCCUUGGGACUGACUUUAUGUCACUGGCUGAAGAGUAUCAUCAAGUGAUGGCUGAGAUUGAGAACAAGAGGUGGGCACUGGAGGAACUUGCUAAAUCUCAACAAACAAAAUCUUGAUCAGCAUAACAAUAAUGAAUUUUAGUAGAAACAAUUAAAAAAAUUGGUCAUUGGCAUAGAAAAUAAACACUGCAGCAGAAUAAUAAUCCUUAUCUACUGAUUGACAGCUAGCAUAAGAGACAAUAGUAAAUUCUAACAUUUGCUAUACAUAAAAUCAUAAAAAAUA